GCCGGAAAAAUAAAGCCUGCUCAUCACUGACAAUAACAAUCAGCAAGUUGUAGGGGGUUUUAUUGUUAGAGGCGCAACGAAAUGCAAAACACGCAAAAGUUCUUCGUCACAGCAAAUUGAGCAAAUACAUAGGUACCUUAUUCAUUAUUAAAAAUGGCUACUUUGGUUAAGCCAAAAAAAACCAAAACUAAAAAGCAAAGGGCAAUCCACGAUCGCACACAAUCGAGGGAGGAGGAUGAAGAAGAAGAAGCAACUAGUGACUUAUCAACAAGUAUUGUCUCCGAACAAAGGCAGCUAGAAAAUGCGUCGCUGCUGGAGGAAUUCGAGCGCGUGGCUGCAUUGGCCAGCAGCAGCAACAGCAAAGCCGAAGACAUUAUUAGUCAUGACUGUGGCAUAUCAAGUGAUACAGUGCCAAUGCCCGAUGAUAUAGCAGCAACGGCAACGACAACAAAUACCCAAGAAGAGGAACCAGAGCCGACACCUAGUGCACCAUGUGCACCCAUAGCACCAGUGAUCAGUGCUCCAUUAGUGCAAUAUCCCAAUCUGCAGCCGAUACGCAUUAGCAAUGCACUCAUCGAGGAGCAGAAGACGCAGAUUGUUUAUAAGGAGCGAGGGGCACGCUCGCCGGGCUUUGCGCUGGCAAGCAGCCAUCUAAAACCGUUCACCAGCGAGCAGCUGAAGCAAAUUUAUCACUGCAGCGACUUAGAACUGGUCAAGCAAUUCGAAUUGGAGUUCCUAAUGAACACGCUGCUCGAAUCGAGUGAAUCAGAUCCACUCCAUGUUGCACUGCAAGAGUAUUACGAUCUCCAAGGCAAACUCUCGUCCAAUCUGCAUGACAUUAAGGACAAGCGCAAGGAUUGUCUCGAAACGCAACAGCAGGUCUGGAUACGUGAGCCAGUGACGCGCACCUUUAGCGCCACCUGCGGUGACGGCAACGUUGUCCGGGAAAGCGUGACCUACGAUCGCAUGAAAGUUGAUCCCAUUAAGCUGGAAUCUGCCACGGCGGCAUUGACAGGGCUCUACGAUCUGGUCUGCCAUACCUACACUACCAAUUUGAUUACAGCGAAGCUAACUAAAGUGAAAAUCGAUCACCUUAUCAAUAAACUGAUUGCAUAUCCUCAUAUCGAUGCCCAAGCAUCCAUUGUUUUGCACAACGAAUUGGAUGCAAAUGCUCUGCAGUGCGUAGCCCAGCUAAGACGUGCGAUUUGCAUCGCGUUCAACUUUGCACGACGACCCAGCCCCAAUGCGAAUUUCGACGCGGACCUUAAGCUUUGGCUGCGCAAGCUGAUUGCCCUGCAGUUGCUGCUGGCCACCAAGGAGGAUCACUGGUUUUUGCUCUUUAAUAUAUUGCGCUGCCCCAACGGCGUUGGCGCCUGGGCAGCAGAGUUCUUGCAGCUACCGGGCAUGAUACAGACAACCCCAAAAUCUAAGGCCACCCAGCCCAGUGAGCUGCCUCUGCCACUGAAUUCUCCAGAAAUCAAUCAUUGCAUUGCGGUGCUACAAAUCCUUUUGCUGCCCAUUAAAAAGCGAAACGAUUAUCUCAAGAGUCAGGUGCAGGCACAGAGGGAUCUCUCGCAGCCAACUGGAGACACUGAGCGAUGGACAGUGGUGGACUCGGAUGGCGAGGACACACUCACGCCAACGGGCGAAUGUGUUGGGCUCAAGGAAGCCGAUCUAAUAGCCCUGCUCAAUCAGUUGCCCUUUGAUAAGCUCUUCACCUCCGCUUUGUGCAUCGAGAAAUUCCUGGGUGACUAUAUCAUUGAGCCAGAUAUGAUAACGCCUCAGCAGAUGCUCACUGUGGUGGCCUUCUUCGCACAGCUAGUCGAGACACUGGGCGAGGGCAUGCUGACCUAUAACAACGAGCGCUACAAGCAGCUGGCCAAGCGUCUAGGGCGCCUGAUUCGCCACUCGUUGCAAUACGCCUCCGAUUACCACGAGCUCUUCCUGAGCAACAACCUGGCCAAGCCCCAAGAACUGUGCGAACGCAUCGAGCUGGAAAUGCAGGCAUUACUUAUACGCGCCUGCAGCUACAUAUAUCGCUCGCGCAAUUUGGGCACCUGGCAGUACUUCUCCACGUUGCCUUACACAACGCUUCAUGCGGAUAUUAUUUGGCAUUUGUUUUACUACCUCAACGUUGGCUUUCCCAGUGAUUUGACGACCCCGCUGACCGCUGAUCCAGAGUUCAUAUUUCAAACGGAUUUUUGGAGCAAAUUCGAUGUGGCUAAUGCAGAUGUUUCCACCGAGGAUAUGUACUAUCUGCUGCAGGCCUUCUUCGAGAUGGCCAAUGCGCGCGAUCGCACAAAAGACUGGCCGAUAAUACGCAUCAUUUGUUUGACCAUAUUCCAGAUUGGAUUCAUUCAUCAAGCCACUCGCGAGUUCUGCUACAAAGCCGCACGAGACAUGCUAGUAAAUAUCACUCUAGCUUAUGAGGAGCUACUGGACUGCCUGCUGCUGCAGCUGAAGACGCGCUUAGCUGAGAUCGAUCAGGCAGCUUACCUAUUCAAAGCCCUGCCGUUAGAGAACUGGCACCCAAAUAUGGAUAGCUUUGAGCUACUGUCCAACUGGCUGCUACACUUUGAUUACCAAACAGCUGAAAACCAAUUGGCGCGACUGAUCAUUGGUCAUCUCAAUUGGGGCUUCGAUGACGAGGGACGUCUUUAUUUGCCCCACAAUAUUCACGUACGCAUGGCUUGUCUCGUGACUGAAGCCAUAACUAAGCAUGCGCCGGAGGUCAUUGGUGCAUCCAGCAUAUCAGAGAGCGUGCGGCAAGUCUCCUUGCUGAUCGACUCGACUCAAUCGAGCCGAGAGCAAUUUACCAACUGGUGCUGGCGCAUGAUCUCUAUGCUACGUCUGCAUCUGAUGGAUCAAAGUGUGGAAUCUGUAAAGCGCACUCUGCAGCAUCCCACGGAGCCGCUGCUCUUUGUGCCGGACUUGGAGCGCCUGGAAAUGAUAUGGCAGGGCGUUAACGAGCAACGUCCACUGGCCUUAUAUGUCAGCGUGCUGAUUAGCUUGCAUGGUCACUCAAUACCAGUUAUAUGCCAGCGUGGCUUCGAGCUGCUUCAUCAGCUGCUCAACGAUCAUCGCCAUGCGGCUGUCAUUCGCAGUCUCGAGCUGAUUGUGCCGCUCUUUCUCGAAACUCCCGACACGUUGGCCAAUUGCCAAAGUUUUCAGAAACUGCUGAUAACGCUGCUCAAUGCGGACAGGACUUACCUAAAGGUGGCCAAGGAUAUAGUAUAUGCCAAUUCCAUUGGUCCCAUUCUCGAAUUGUUGGAUAAUAUGCUGCAUCACCAGAUUGUGUCUUAUACGAGCUAUGGUCUCUGCUCGCCUCUGAAUCUUAUCAAUAUUUGGCUGAACUGCUUCACUGCGUUGCCUGGCUGGGCACAAAAUCCUCACGUUCUAUACCUCCUGGAUAAGAUGCUGAGUAUCGCAUACCAAUUUACCGAUUGUCGUGUGCAGACCGUCGAGUUCUUUUAUAACUACUACAAGGACUUUACCGACUGGAAGCUGACAUUAAAACCCUCAGCACUGAAAUACAUUUUCGGAGGUCAAACCAAUUCGCGGCUACCCAUGAUCUUACCACAGAACUGCUGGUUAAAUCUUGUACUAUUAGAGAUUGAGUUCAGGCUGCAGGAUAGUCGGUUUUGGCCAGAAUUCUUGCGCCAGUUAUCCACGCAAACAGUGGAGGCGGCCCUUAAGAAAACUCUGUCGCUCAGCAAGACGACCCUCUUUCCCGCACAGCAUCUGGUCAUCUACAAAUACGCACAGCUCUUGGCCAACAUGGACAUCAGGCACUCCCUAUUUCCAAUUGUCUGCCAGAAAUUCUUCGAGCUCUAUCUGUGGCGGCUGCCUGAGGACUACGUUAGCCAGAAUAUGAAUCUAAACUAUGGCGUGGCCGAAAAGUUUUAUGAGCACAAUGUGCCACUGAUGAAGUCCAUCAAGACGCAGCUGAAAUCGGCCGAAGUGUAUUAUGCUGCCAUUGCCACCAAGCGCGCCGAAGACGAUGCAGUUGCGCACAUGUACCGCAGCUGCACCAAGCUAAUGCAGAGCUGCGCUCUUUGGCUGGAGGACACACAGAUCAAUAAAUUAGCCAGCGAUGCCUGUCAGCUGCCAGCACAGUACAACGAGAAGCUGCGCGAGCUGCUCAAUGGCCCCACCUCUCACUGGACCGAGUUUCUUAGCGCCAGUGAUCUGCGCAGGGAGCAGCGUCAGCAGGCGGAUCAAUGGUCGGCCAAGAUCUAUCGGGUGCAUCUCCACAAAGUGUUGCGCACUCCGCUGAAGCCGAAGCCAAGGCUGCCACCAGCCCAACGUCUCAAAAUGCAUCUGACAACCUAUGACAAACGCCUUCCCCCACCUAACCACAGUCGGCCGGAACAAAUUGAGGAGCGCCCAAUCGAUAGCAACACCCUGUCCGAGCUAAAGCGGCGCGUACAAACGCUCAACAGUACAGCUAAUAAAUUCCACUACAAUUCAUCGGAGCUGAAUUCAUUAAACCUAAACUAUCUGGAACGCGUGCCAUCAUUGUACCAGAUGGUGCCUUACAAUGAAGAGCGUAGCAAGGAGUGCGAGUCCUUGCUCUUCAAUCGCAAGUGCGUGCGUCCGGCGCAAAUCCAGCUAGUGCCGGAACAUAUCCGUUACAACGGGCAGAUAGCCAGAAAGCAGGAACAAAACCGAGAACGUCAUAAUAAGAUAGUGGAAGAGAUGCUGGCACUGAACGUGGAUGGCUUUGCUCAGGCCAUCGAAGAGCUGGAAGGCUACAUACAGAAUCUGCUGCAAGAGCAGGCCAAGUCUAACAAAUACGCUACGCCCAUUGGCAUCAAAUUCUUCUAUUAUGUUGUAGACAACAUGAACGACAUAACAAUGAAGUUUCAGCCCACCAAAAGUUUAUACGCCCAAAUGCUGCAAGACCUUGGAAUUUUCAUCCAAGCCGAGCAGGCAGACCAGGGAUUGGAAGUGCUACGUUUGGCACUGCGACGGGGUGACCUUGUGGAGCUGCUGGCUGGCGUUUUUGUGCCCUGUCGCACUGACGCCGAACAUUUUCUGGACAUGUACCAAUUUCUCAUCGAUUCGCAUCUGAAGCGCUGCGAUACAAAAAUUCUGUUCGUACUCCUGUCCAAGUUUGAUCUGCUCAGCUGGCUGGAGGCAUAUCAGCCAAAACUGAGUGAAAUUAAUCGGCUGCUGUUGCUGGUGCUGCAAGGCCUGGAGUCUUGGUCGCAGCCGCACAGUAGCCUCUUGCAAGAUCAGUUCCGCCGUCAGCUGGUUCACAUCUUUACGUACGACUUUCCGCAGCACUACGGCGAGGUCAUGCAGCUAGUUCUCGAUCGCAUUUCGGAUCAAAAGCUGAUGCCGUUGGUGUUGCUUGACCUGCUAAAUGCGCUUUUAUCGCCUGCAAGCUCUGCUCUGACACUGAACAGCCAGGAGGUGGAACUGCAGGAAUUGGCGUCUGACUUUGCCCGUCGCCAGAAGUUGUUUACGCUGAAAGCAGCUACGGAGACGCUUUUGCUGUUUGCGCGUCACUUUCAAAAGGAGCGACUUCAUCAUGGCCUCUAUGGACUGUAUCCCAAGCACAAGGAGUAUUGCAAGCCGCUGGUUAUGUGGUUCACCUGCUUUGGACAGGUGGUGCUGGCGGCUGCCAUUUGCAGCUAUCAGGAACUGCUGGCCGAUCAGAUCAGCGACAUUGUCUUCGGCUCCAUUGUGGAGACCUAUGCACCGUGGCUAAUCCCAUACACGGAGAAUACUGAACAGGCCGCAGGCGCAGCCGCACACUGGAUACGUCAGCUUAGCCCCGGUCAGGGCAAGAUCUUGCUGCCAUGGAGUGAGCCGCAUGUGGAGAGCAGCAAGCUCAUGAUCAGAUCUUUUAUAUGCAAUAUAUUGCAAGUGGUGCAGUAUCUGCCCGCCUCAAGCAAGAUUUUGGAGCACACGUUCGCUUGGUAUGUGCAUCACUUUGCACAGCUCAACGUCGCUAGCCAUGUUCUGGUGCCCAUUCAUGAGGGUUUGUCACAGCUGCCCUGGGAGCGCUUCCUGCCAACCGCCCAGCAUAUCGAGCUGCUCUAUGAGAGCUUGCAGCGCUUCAUACCAGAGUCGCAUGCCAUGUUAGCUCACAUAUUUAUAAGGAUCGAUUGGAACACUUGGUUCGCGAGAACGUCACAGCCGCUGACUCUCACCUCGCACCUCUUCAACAUCUUUAUCAAAAUGGCAUUCGAGCCGAACAUUCACAUGCAUCCGAAUACAAGCAAGAUACUCGAGGAUGCUAUCAGCCAGCCCUGGCAUCUUGUCGAAUACAGCGAACUGGAGCAGUUGCUCAAGUGGUUUGUGGCUCACGUUGAUCCAGCCAUUGCGCUGAAGCUGCCCACCGAAACCAACUACGCUGAUCGCGCCGUUCUGGAACUCAUUCACGCAGCCUGCGCCAUGCUGCCAGAGAGCAACGCACAGGGUGCCGUGGUGCAGGCAACGGCCAAGCGCAUGCUGUACACGCGCUCCAUGGUCAGCAUGCAGCGUGCCUGUGCGAUCAAGCACAAGAAGCUUUUGGCCACCAAGGAGGGUGAACGGGCCUUUACCGCUGCUUUUGAAAAGCUCUUGGACUCAAUUGACGUAGCCAUUAGCGGCUGCAGUGAGAAUCGUACGCCGGAAGAGCAACGUCGCGAAGCACUCAACCUUAUGCUUGAGAUUGUGGCUCCAACGCAGACGCAAAGCGAGGAGGUAUCUAACUUGCAUAUUCAAACUUUGGUCUGCUGGCAACAUCAGUGUCCUCCGGGCAAUCCGGUCAUGUGCGCUGUCCUGCCUGCCAUCGGCCAUUUAAAUACAUACAUUUCUUGUAUCUACACGCUGCUGGAGUCCAGCAUUGAGUGCUAUUUCCGGAGAUCGGCAGAGCGUGCCGCUUUGCACUCACCCAGCUGGCAGGGCCUGUUCGAGGCGCUGCAAAUGUCGCUUCCCAAGCUGGAGCUGAUGCCCGUCAUGGGCGGCGGUUACUUCUUUUCAUUGCACAUCUUUGUACUCUACAAACUGGAGGAGAUCGAAACGGUCGGCGAGAAGAUCACCUUUCUGCAGGACCUGACCCAAUUGCUGGAAAAUCUAAAGACCAAUCCGCAGACCGAACCGCGCAUGGCACUAGUCUGGGGUCUCAUCAUAUCACGUGGCUGCAAGCUACUUCAGGAGUCGCAGCACAUCAAGAAGCCGCUCUACAUGCUCGCGCGCCAGUUGCAGAUAGCCUCCACAAAAGCUGAGGGAUGGAGCGACGGACUGCUGGGCGCCAUAGGCCUGAAAUCUGAAAACAUUACUAACAAGCGCAAAGUGCUGACACGGUGUCUGGCAUGCAUAAUCUAUUCUCUCUUUCCGGCCAGUCGUGACGUGGGGCUGCCUUCCGAGGAGUACGAGAGCGCCAUGCGUGAGCUGGCCAUGCUGUUGGCCAAUAAAAAAUUUGUGGACGUUAAGCCGCAUAUCGUCAGGGCCAUAAGCAUUCUGAAAGGGCAACCUAUGCCCGAUCACCGCUCGGUUCCCCAUUUGAUAUGUUGCCUAAUCGAUGUGUUUUACGAGGAGAGCUAUCUAACGACCAUUCCGGAGGUGUGGGAUUGCGACUACAAGCUAAAAGCAGCAUAGUUAUACUUGUGGCAGCCAAUUGUGUUAUUUUUCUACGAAUUCUAGAUUUAGACAUAUACAUACAUUUAUAUAUAUAUAUACAUAUAUACAUACAUCAACUGAAAUGAAUAAAGUGAUAAUUUUCUUUUUUGCUAUAUUGGAGGAAACUGCAAGCAAAACAAUUUCAAUUGUGUGUGUUUAACUUUAAUGCUUACAUCUUGGAGACAAAAAUUGUAUAAUCAGUUACUAGCGUGCCUACUUGAAGCUAUUUGUUUAAGCUUAGUUACAGUAACAAAAU